AUGGAAAACAAGGAAAAAGAAUCAUCUGAUAUGGAUAUCAGCACUGGAGAUGAAGAAAAAGUUGAUAAUUCAAUGGAGAUGACGAAUAAGAAGAGGAAGAAAAUGAGUUUUUCUAGUGAUGCGGAAAACCACAGAAAGAGAGGGAAGUCUAAAAUGUGUCAUCAGUGUAAGAAGAGUGACAAAGACAGACUUGUGUGUUGUUCCAACUGUAAAGAUAAAACAUUUUGCCUUCCUUGCAUCGAACGAUGGUACCCUUGGAUACCAGAAGAGGCCUUCUUAAGUGCUUGCCCUGUAUGUCGUAACCUUUGCAACUGUAAAGAAUGUUUGCUGUUACAGGAGCUACCGAAAGAUUUGUUGAAUAUAGAUGUGAAGUGCACUGAUGAAGAAAAAAUCGUCUACUCUAAAUACAUAGUACGCGCACUUUUGCCUGCUUUGGAACAACUCAAUACUGAGCAAAUGAUUGAAAAGCCGAUGGAGUAUCAGAUUGGAGAUUUUGAGGCUAAUACACACAAAGCAGAAAAUGAGAAGAACAAGUCCAUUUAUUGCAACUAUUGCAGUGCUUUUAUUGUUGACUUUCAUCGGAGUUGUUCUAGUUGUUCCUAUAAACUUUGCCUUACUUGUUGCAAAGAAUUACGGAAUGGCAACUUGCAAGCAGAUGCAUCCGAGGUGAGGAUGCAAAAUAUUGACAAUGGACCAAGUUAUUUGCCUGGAAUGGCUGAAGUUAUAACAAGGGAUCAAACCGAGGUCGCUAUGGAAUCUAAAUGGAAACCCAUGGAAAAUGGUGCCAUUUCUUGCCCACCAAAAGAUAUGGGAGGCUGUAGUGAAGGAACAUUAUAUUUGAGGUGUCUAUUUUCUGAGUUACUGAUAUUCGAGUUGUUACUGAGAGCUAAGGAAAUAGCUCAAAAAUGUAACUUGCAUGUAGAUUCAGCACUGGACCACUACAGUUCAAAAUCAAAGGGGGAACCUAGUACUUCUGGUCCCAAGGUACGUAAGGCAGCUGCUCGGGAAAAUUCUAGUGAUAAUUACUUAUUCUCCCCAGCAGCUGUGGAUAUUCAGAGCACAAAUUCAAUGCAUUUCCGGUUCUCUUUUUCCAAGGGUGAACCAGUUAUUGUAACUGACGUUCAUGAUAGAGCAUUGCGAUUGAGCUGGGAGCCUACGGUAAUAUGGAGUGCCUGUCGACAAACCAUGAAGGCUGUUGAUAUCUUAAAUUGCUCCAAUUGGUGCAUGCACGUACUCAACCUUUACAAGGUACACAUUGCUUAUGGUUUUCCUAAGGAGCUUGGACGUGGAGACUCGGUCACCAAACUACACUAUGCUCUGACUGAUACGGUAUGUUUGGCUCCUUCAGCUGUAGUGUAA